GGGGGCCGUGGAACUGCUUCUCAACCACAAGAAAUCCAGCGGAGGCAUGCAGGUUCCUCCGAUCCUAUUGGACAAGCAGUUCUCUGACUUCACUCCUGACAUCACCCCCAUCAUUCUGGCAGCUCACACCAACAACUAUGAGAUCAUCAAACUACUGGUGCAGAAAGGAGUGGCUGUUCCACAACCACACGAGGUGCGUUGUAACUGUGUGGAGUGUGUGUCCAGCUCGGAUGUGGACAGCCUUCGCCACUCCCGAUCCCGUCUCAACAUCUACCGAGCCCUGUCCAGCCCUUCCCUCAUCGCUCUCUCCAGUGAAGACCCUUUCCUCACAGCAUUCAGACUGAGCUGGGAACUACAGGAGCUUAGCAAGGUGGAGAAUGAAUUUAAGUCGGAGUAUGAGGAGUUAUCCCAACAAUGUAAGCAGUUUGCUAAAGACCUUCUGGAUCAGACCAGGAGCUCCAGAGAGCUGGAGAUGAUCCUGAACUACAGAGAUGACAUUAACCUGUUGGAGGAGGAGGGAAACAACGACCUGGCUAGACUCAAACUGGCUAUUAAAUACCACCAGAAAGAGUUUGUAGCACAGCCCAACUGUCAGCAGCUGCUGGCAUCUCGCUGGUACGAUGAGUUCCCAGGCUGGAGACGUCGUCACUGGGGAGGGAAGUUCCUCACCUGUGUCUUCCUCAGCCUCCUCUUCCCUGUCUUCUCCCUCUGCUACCUCAUAGCCCCGAAGAGCCGCUAUGGACUUUUCAUCAGGAAGCCCUUCAUCAAGUUUAUCUGCCACACAGCAUCCUAUCUCACCUUUCUGUUCCUGCUCCUGCUGGCAUCACAGCACAUAGUGACUACAGAACCGGACAGACAGGGGCCAGCACCUACUACUGUAGAAUGGAUGAUAUUGCCCUGGGUACUGGGUUUUAUCUGGACAGAGAUCAAACAGAUGUGGGAUGGAGGAUUCCAGGACUAUAUACAUGACUGGUGGAACCUCAUGGACUUCGUAAUGAACUCUCUGUACCUGGCUACUAUAUCACUGAAGAUAGUUGCCUAUACCAGGUACAGUGGCUGUAAGCCCAGGAACCAGUGGGAGAUGUGGCAUCCCACCCUGGUAGCUGAGGCUGUGUUUGCCAUUGCCAACAUCUUCAGUUCCCUUCGUCUCAUCUCCCUGUUCACAGCCAACUCCCACCUGGGACCGCUACAGAUCUCCCUGGGACGAAUGCUGCUGGACAUCCUCAAGUUCCUCUUCAUCUACUGUCUGGUGUUGCUGGCGUUCGCCAACGGGCUGAACCAGCUCUACUUCUACUACGAGACAAAGGCCUCCGACGAGAAGGGCAAGUGUAAAGGCAUCCGCUGUGUCGAGCAAAACAACGCUUUCUCCACGUUGUUUGAGACGCUCCAGUCUCUGUUCUGGUCUAUCUUCGGUCUGAUCAGUCUGUAUGUGACUAACGUAGAUGCUGACCAUCAGUUUACAGAGUUUGUAGGGGCAACCAUGUUUGGAACCUACAAUAUAAUCUCUCUGGUGGUUCUACUAAACAUGCUGAUCGCCAUGAUGAACAAUUCCUAUCAACACAUCGCUGACCAUGCAGACAUUGAGUGGAAGUUUGCAAGGACCAAGCUGUGGAUGAGUUACUUUGAAGAGGGGGGUACUCUACCUUCUCCCUUCAAUAUCGUACCCAGCCCCAAGGCAGUGUGGUACCUGGUGUGUUGGACCAAUAGACAUGUCUGUAAGAGGACCCACUCCAAACCAACUGACACCUUCGGCACCUUGGGGACGAGAGCAGCAGAGAACCUGAGGAGAAACCGCCAGUACCAGGAGGUCUUGAGGAACCUGGUGAAGCGAUAUGUAGCAGCCAUGAUCAGAGACGCUAAAACAGAGGAGGGGCUGACGGAAGAGAACUUUAAGGAGCUGAAGCAGGACAUCUCUAGUUUCCGUUACGAGGUGAUGGGGAUGAUGAAGACAGGUAAACCUGGUCUGGGUGGUCCGGGGGUUGUUGUUGGGGGUGGUUCGGGCGGGGCUGGGGUUGGGGUUGGUGGAGGGCAAUCCUGCCUAGCCUAUGCCGACCGGUCCCUUAAAGUCCCCACCACCCCCACACCCAUUGGCCAGCUGAAGAACAAGAAGACACUGUUCACCGUAACCGCCUCCAUCAUCCAGCAGGGCGGCGCCACAGCCUCCUCUCCUCGGCUCCCAGACGCACUUGCCUUCAACGGGCUGGGCCUGGCUAACGGCCUGCCCCCCCUGCCCGCAGAUGGUGGUUCCUCUGGAAGCUCCAGAGACAAGCAGGGUCAGAGGAAAGACUUCCCCAGGGACAUCACUGAUUUUGGGCUGUUCCAGAAACGCCAGAGGGGUGGAGCUGGAGCUACUGGGGUUGGGAAUAUAUACUCUGUGUCCGAGGAGAUGGGGGAGACAGGGGAUUCGGAUGGGGAGGAACGGAAGGGGGAGGCAGGGGGUGAGGAGGGCAAGGGACUGUUGGAGGAUGGAGAGAAGGAGGAAGAGGAGGAUGGAGUGAAGGAGGAAGAGGCCAAUAGAGGGAAAGAGAGGGAAGAGGUGGAGGAAGAGGAGGAGAGGGAGAGUUUCCUCCAUCAGGAGUCAGGUGCUGAUGGGGUUGCAUCAGGUUUGUCUAAAGGGUUUGGCCAGGAGGACAGACUUAGGUAUGGGAGAGAGAUGGAAUAGUGGAAGAGACAGCAGCGAUGGGGUCACUGCUGCAUAGCGAGAGUGACAAUCGGAGUGAGCUUUCUGUGAGGAGUUAUAAUCCUGCGUUUGGAUAGUAGUGGAUAUUUACAGGAAACAGAUCUGUCACCAAGCAAGUCCAAUGUCAAACAAUUUCAAUGUGAAGAACAAAAGGUUUUGGAAUCAAGACAUUUAAACAGGUUUCCUUGCUUUCCUUGCAUUGGGAUUGGGAUGCAAACCUUAACAAGGCUUGGAUAUGUACUGUUUGUGUCAAGGCUUGGAGGAUCACUGAUGUUUGGAGACUCAGGGAAUCUUGUGACACAUUCAGAAACACAGAUCUAGGACACUCUAUUCACCCCCAAAGACAGCUGCUCUCUGCUCAACAGGAGUGGCCCGUACGGGGAAUAACAGAGUGUCCUUUGGGACAGUCUGGCCAGUGGGAUAUAGACCCUUAUUACGUCAUGGAUGAUGUCAUAUGGAACGGUGAUGUCGUGGAUUAUGUCUACCGCUUUCUGAAGAGAGGAAAUCACUUUUCUUUCACUGUUUAGUCUGCCCUGUGCU